CUAAAAGCUUAUGGCCUGUCAGUAAAGAUGGCGGAAGUCAACAAACGGGCAUGGUCCUUGGUAUUCUUUUAACGAAUAUAUUGAUGAUUGUUGCUGGCAUAUGGGAAAAUGACGGAGAGUAAUGUGAGCAGUCAGUUGAUUAUCAUCCUAGAUACUAAUCCAGUAUGGUGGGGACAGGCAGACAAAAGGCAAUCUGGCCAAAACCAGGUGACUCUGGCACAAUGCCUGGAGUGUUUGAUGGUAUUUGCCAACUCCCACCUGAUGAUGAGUCACAGGAAUAAACUGGCUGUUAUAGCAGCUCACACAGACAGAAGUUUAUUUCUUUAUCCAAAGAAAGAUCAAGGUGAAAUGGCCAACACAAAUAUUGGUGACGAAUCUGCACAGGGUGAUGGCAAAUAUGAGCUGUUUGGAUUGGUCAACAACCAGAUCAAAGACCAAGCCCGGGAGCUAGUCAUCAAUGGGGGGUCGAGCCUGCUGUACCCAGACACGGUGUUAGCUGGAGCUCUAGCCAUGGCAUUGUGCUACAUACACAGAUCUGAGAAGGAGGUUAAUCCAGGAGAACAACUUUCCUCGAGAGUUCUGAUUAUCAAAGGAUCAGAAGACAACCCAGAACAGUAUAUGAAUCUGAUGAAUGCUGUAUUUACAGCUCAGAAACAGAACAUUGUGGUCGAUGCGUGUGUACUGGAUAAUGACUCUGGACUUCUACAGCAGGCAUGUGAUAUUACUGGAGGCAUAUAUCUCAAGAUCCCACAGGUAGCUGGCCUACUUCAAUAUCUACUGUGGGUGUUCCUGCCGGACCCAACAGAGCGGCACAAACUCAACCUCCCACCGAAGGCACAAGUUGACUACCGGGCGGCCUGCUUCUGUCAUCGUAACCUCAUCGAUAUUGGAUAUGUUUGUUCUGUUUGUCUCUCAAUUCAUUGUUCAUUCAGUCCGAUAUGUUCCACUUGCCACACUACGUUCAAAAUGUUUGGUCCGACAAAAGGACUGAAGAGAAAAAGUAAGAAACAAGCCUCCUGAAGGCUGGUGAGCUAUGUACCCGAGGGAUGUACCCGAGGGAUGUACCCCAGGGAGAGCCAUACCAUUGUGAUUUACCCCAGGGAGAGCCAUACCAUUGUGAUUUACCCCAGGGAGAGCCAUACCAUUGUGAUUUACCCCAGGGAGAGCCAUACCAUUGUCCACAGGAGUCAGGAUAGUUGCUGAUGUUAACUCUUACCAUCUGUUGGAAUCAAUCAAAACUAAACAUCGAGGUUGGCAGUCCAUGAAGAAUUUAGAGGUUGAAAUCCUGGUUUGAGUUGAUGUCAUACGAGAACUUAUUAGCAUGGUAUAUCUCUAGGGAGUGCUUGGAGAUAUUUUCUAAGAUGGUA